GAAAGGCGAACAAGGCGAGCACGGUCUGCCAGGAAUUCAGGGAACACCUGGACCAGUGGGAUUUAAAGGAGAGAAAGGGAUAGCAGGGGAUACAGGGCAGAGAGGGCCCGAAGGUCAAGUGGGAAGACCAGGUCAACCAGGUCAGUCAGGCCCACCUGGCCCUCAAGGUCUACGGGGGGACGCCGGCCCGCCUGGUCCACCUGGACCUGAAAGGCGACCUGCGAGUGUGAUGUCAGACAGCCACGUUCGGCAAAUCUGCAGAGAGAUUCUUCAGACUGAGCUGCCUUUGUUGUUGCUGAACAACCAGCAGAGGAGCUGUUCCAGAUGUCAAAGCCAGCCUGGAUCUCCUGGUCCACCAGGUCCAGCUGGGCCUCAGGGACAUAGAGGUCUUCCAGGACUAAGUGGUCCCAGUGGUCAGCCAGGCCACCCUGGUCGUCCAGGACAUCCUGGGAUUAAUGGGCUGAAAGGAGAACCGGGUUUCAAAGGUGAGAAAGGGAGCCCUGGUCGAGUCACGAGUGGAGACCAAGGCCCACCUGGACCUCCUGGUCCCAURGGUCCUGAAGGUUACGGCAAACCAGGUCCUCCAGGUAAAUCCGGGCCCCCUGGUCAAAGUGGACCAGAGGGUAAAAGUGGGAACCCUGGUGUUCCUGGCCAACCUGGGUCAUGUGACCCRUCCUUGUGCUAUGCCAGCAUGACGAGAAGGGACCCCUUCCACAAAGGUCCAAACUAUUGAUGCAGUCUAAGCUGAUGYCGAGCAAACAGCCAUUCUCAGGAAAAUGUCACCUUUACAGUUUCUCUCUGUCACAGAAACUUAACGUACCUCUAUUGACAUGUUUUUGUGAUCUUACUCGCCAUCAUAGUUUCACUGAUGAUGUUUUGUUUUCCUAUUCACAUGUUUGGAGGUUUUCAUAUUGUUAAUAAUCAGCUUUUUUAAAAAUACCUCUCAUCUGAGAACCUUGAAACUCCUGUGUCAUUGUGUCUGGUACACUUUCCUUUACUGCCCCCUGGUGUUGCUUCACUGCAUGUUGUYCUUUACAGCUUUCCUACACAGACUCUGGGUGCUAUUCAACAUUUUCUGUGUAAAAAAAAAAAA